AUGAGUAGCCCAAAAGACGAGGAAACCAAUUUCGGCUGGCGACCGUUCUUUCAAGAAGGCUCCUCCAUAGCUGAAAAGUUCCCGCCCAACCCCCCUACCGACCAUGAGAGGGACCAUGAAACAGGUGCCGAUACCCUCCCAGCCCAGCCCGACAACCCCAAAGACGCUUCCUUCAAAGUCGUAGCUCUUGAAUUGGAGGAGCCCGGUCCGACCUGGGUGAACCUUUUUUAUGACCUUGCCUGGACGGCAACCUUUGCGAGCCUCACUCACAAUAAUAAUACUGAUGGACUCUGGGGUAACCUCUCAUAUGUGGUAUUCUUCACUGUUGUUUGGUGGCUAUGGACUUGGUAUCACACACAUUUCUAUGUAAACGAUUGGUUCCACUUGGUUUGCAUCUUUCUACAGCUCAUUGUUUUUGGGAUGUUGGCUGCCACCACGCGCGCUCAUAAAGAAGCCAGCGUCGUUUUGCUCAUUCAAUACUUGCGAGUCAUUGUUUCUGGCGUUACGUCCAACAAAAUAGCCGCAAGAGCUAUAAGACGAAAGGGAAUCAAUGGCAUUGCCGGAACAUUGUAUUCAGUAAUCUGGGCCCCGGGCCCCGGAUUGGAGGGCCCGAUUGUGUACAAUGUCGGGUGUGCCGCAUUGAUCAUCACCUUUAUUGCCUAUUUAUACUUUGAAUCCCCAACCGACACUGAUAUCUCGGGACUGGAGGAUAAUCGACGCAGCGGAUAUUGGAUGUUUUGUCACCUUCCUCUCUUGCUAUCAAUUAUAUUGCUUUUGAUAGGAGUGAAGAAGCAAUUUUCGCUCUCGUGCAUUCUGUCGACCGCCACUACGAUGUUUCAAGUUGUUGAAGAGGCUAUAAACGAUGAACAACUCCGUCUAAACUACAUCAGCGCGCAGACGAAUAUGACGAUAAAGAACUACCUACUUCGACGGGGUAUAGUUUGGCAAGAUGAAUAUGACCAGCUUGUGGCGCGUUUAACAAACGGAUAUACCUUGGAUCUUACCUGGAGCGACGAGCAAAAAACCGAAUUUUAUGCUUGGAACUAUCGUAUCUCUUUGAAAAUUCUCGUUUCUACAUUCAAUAUGUUUAGCGGAGACCACGGCUCAAUCAGCAACUCCACCAAAUCUAAGAUAGAAGAUUAUUACAGAAACGAGACUUGGUCACUCCGGGAUUACUAUGAUAAUAAUACUAAAUCCAAGCCGCGAGAAUCGCUACAAUACUUUCAGAUUUUGACUGAAAUACUUUACCCAAGUAUUCAAAGCGCUCGGUAUAUUGUAUUGUUCGCUGGCUUGAUUUUAAUUAGCCUAGGUGUCCUGAACAUAAUCCAUUCUGGGUCAGGUAUACAAAGCAGCUCAUUCCGAAAGUGGGCCGUCAUUUCCCGGAUAGUUAUGGGGAUACUCGUCAUAUGCCUUUUGUUCUUGAACGUCGGUGGUUCACAAACGCUUUGGAUCUGGCCAGACGAGAAAAAGGACCAGGCGGGGGUUUUUCGUUGGAUGUUGGCGUGCUGGGUGUUACCGACCAUUGCGUUGGCGUUUGUGACCGAGGGUGUAAUUGAGACGGCGCUAGCCAAGUGUUAUACCAAUGAACAGAAACGCAAGAAGAAAACCCUAGGGCAAUGA